UCUUUAUUUAUAUAUAUUUCUUACCCUCUGCCUGUGCCCUAUUGUUUUUCUGAGACCGCAGUUUUUGUAGCUGAUCCAGAUACCAGAUUAAACCAAAAAACUAAACUGUUUUCAACUGUCUCCGUCGAUCUCCAUCGGCGAGCUAGAUUCGGUGCUGCAUCCUAUCGUUUUGGAGUUUAAACUUGACGCUCCGACGAUGUUUUGGUAGCUUCUUGAUUCGGUGUUACUUUAUGGAUCGGAUUAUAUCGCUUUCCCUGCCGGGAUAGCUUCAGUUCCGGGAAACUUGUGGCCGACCGCGCUACGUUGCUGUUCCUUUGUACUAUCUCCGUUCGAAGUAGAUCGGUUCCGAAAUAUUUUCAUUUCUGUUUCUUCGUUUUGUACGUGUACGGUAACCCUUGUACGGCUUUUACCACUAUGUCUGCUUCUCAAUCUUUGGUUUCUGAUGUGUAGAAGAUUUGAAGAUUUUUAGCCGAUUCUUCAAAGAUCGGUUUUACUGAAAUCUAGAGGAUUCUUUGAAGUCGUUGUUUCAGUUUUACUUGGUCAGCUGUGCAAUUACUUUCUUUUUUUUUCCCCCUAUUUUUGGAUUUUCUGCUCCUUUUAAGUAGAUGGAGGAGGAUACCAAAGUCAGUAGAAUUAGUUGCAGCAUGAGUGACGUCGUUUUGGGUUGCGUUAUGCCAUACAUACACGACCCUAAGGACCGAGACGCCGUCUCUCUGGUCUGCCGGCGAUGGUAUGAGCUAGACGCAUUGACACGAAAGCACAUAACGAUUGCUCUCUGUUACUCAACGAGCCCCGAUAGGCUGUGGCGCCGAUUCAAGCACCUCGAAUCCUUGAAGCUGAAAGGCAAGCCCAGGGCAGCCAUGUUCAAUCUCAUACCGGAGGAUUGGGGAGGUUACGUGACGCCGUGGAUAUCUGAGAUCGCGGAGUCCUUUAAUUGCUUGAAAUCGAUUCAUUUUAGGCGAAUGAUUGUGAGCGACUCGGAUCUGGAGCUCCUUGUAAGUGCUCGUGGCCGGACUCUUCAGGUGCUGAAGCUUGACAAGUGCUCCGGAUUCUCCACGGAUGGCCUUGUUCAUAUCGGUCGCUCAUGCAGGCAAUUAAGAACAUUAUUUUUGGAAGAGAGCUCAAUUGUUGAGAAUGAUGGCGAUUGGCUUCAUGAGCUUGCUAUGAACAACACAGUGCUCGCGACUUUAAACUUUUACAUGACAGAUCUUAUGAAAUUCAAAUUUGAAGACCUUGAACUCAUAGCUCGAAAUUGUCCUUCAUUAAUCUCUGUGAAAAUUAGUGAUUGUGAAAUCUUGGAUCUUUUGCGUUUCUUUCGUGCUGCUGCCGGUCUACAGGAAUUCUCUGGGGGUUCUUUCAGUGAGCAACCGGAGUUAUUUGAUGAGGAAUCAAAUAAGUACUCUGUUGUAUCGUUUCCACCCAAACUUCUUAGUUUGGGUCUAACCUACAUGGGGACAAUUGAAAUGACGAUCAUAUUUCCUUUUGCAUCUGUGCUCAAAAAAUUGGAUCUUCUCUGUGCAUUGCUUGAUACGGAGGGCCAUUGUCUCUUAAUUGAAAGGUGCCCCAACUUAGAAGUUCUUGAGACCAGGAAUGUUAUUGGAGAUAGAGGAUUAGAAGCUCUUGCUCAGAAUUGCAAGAGACUAAAGAGGCUUAGGAUUGAGCGAGGUGACGAUGACCAGGGAAUGGAAGAUGAAGAAGGUAGAGUUUCACAAAGAGGAUUAAUUUCUUUGGCCCAGGGUUGUCCGGAUCUGGAAUAUAUUGCAGUUUAUGUAUCUGAUAUUACAAACGCUUCUCUCGAAUGUAUUGGAACUUAUUCAAAGAACCUCUGUGAUUUUCGUCUGGUCUUGCUUGAACGAGAAGAAAUUAUAACAGAUUUGCCACUUGACAAUGGAGUUCGUGCUUUAUUGAGGGGCUGUGAAAAGCUCAGGAGGUUUGCUUUGUAUCUUAGACCUGGUGGAUUGACUGACGUGGGACUUGGUUACGUUGGGCAAUACAGUCAAAAUAUAAGGUGGAUGCUUCUGGGUUUUGUUGGGGACUCUGAUGCAGGACUUUUGGCAUUUUCUAGAGGAUGCUUUAACCUGCAAAAAUUGGAAAUAAGGGGCUGUUCCUUCAGUGAACCUGCAAUUGCUGCUGCUGUGAUGCAACUUACUUCCCUGAGGUUUAUCUGGGUUCAAGGAUAUAAAGCUUCAUCACCAGCAGGUUCUGAGCUUUUAGCAAUGGCUCGUCCUUUUUGGAAUAUCGAGUUAAUCCCUUCUAGACAAGUUACUAUCCCUAAUCCAGAUGGAGAGGAUGUCCUUGUUGAGCAUCCAGCCCAUAUAAUUGCAUAUUACUCCCUCGCCGGACCAAGAGCAGAUUUUCCCGACAGUGUUAUCCCCUUUAUCCAAUAAACUUAGAUGCCACCUAGAGAUGUGUAUAUGAAAACUUUUUCCUGAAGUUGUUUCCGUUUAAUUUUUUGGCCAGGAUUUCUCCAUUUUGCUUAGAGGGUUUAUGACUUGUAAUUUUGAUUCUCGAUUUCAUUUUAGAUGUUUUUGCUGUAAUAAGCUUGAGUUUUUCUUUUGUAAUUUGAAGGCGCUACUACCUCUUUGGUUGAACUACUGUCUAGAUCUCUCGUCUUCUGCAAUGACUGCAAGUUUCUGCUCGUUUGUGGCAUGUAAUUGAUCUGUCUAGUCAAGAUUACUAGAACCCAUUGCCAUUA